GCCUCCGCGGGCCGCGACUGCGCAUGCGAACUAACGCCCCACCGGCCCGGCGGAGGAGGAGGGAAUGGAAAUGAGGCUGGGCCCAGCAGCUAACGCGCGCUCCCUCGCCUGCCCUCCCGUCGCAGGGCGCGCGCCGGGCGGUGCAGAGUCCGAAGGCAGCGCCUCAGUGGCCGCGGCCCCCGAGGGAGGGGCCCGGAGCCCCGCCCCCAGGGAGGGGCCGCCCGCAGGUCUCCCCUCUACACUCCACGGCUCCAACUCCACGCAGGGGUUGAAAUUUAGUGACAAGAAGAAGGCAGUUCACGCGGCGUCAAUGGACUGAGACUAAGCCAAGAGCCGGGCCCUCCCUCUAGGUUUCUGGGCCGGCAAGAUGCUGGAGCGAGAUGCUGAGUCUGCAUCGGCCCGGGGCACCGAUCCUAGUCCCACUGGCAAGGAGCCUGUGAGCAAAGGAGAAGCUCCCUACCAGGGCUCGCCGCAGAAGCCCAGCCAGUCGGUUCCAGGGCCCACCACGUCCGCGGGGGCGCCUUCCCGACCCCGCCGGCGGCCCCCGCCCCAGCGCCCGCACCGCUGCCCCGACUGUGACAAGGCCUUCUCGUACCCGUCCAAGCUGGCCACGCACCGGUUGGCACACGGCGGCGCGCCCCACCCGUGCCCCGACUGCCCCAAGGCCUUCUCCUACCCCUCCAAGCUGGCAGCCCACCGCCUCACGCACAGCGGCGCCCGUCCGCACCCGUGCCCGCACUGCCCAAAGGCCUUCGGCCACCGCUCCAAGCUGGCAGCCCACCUCUGGACCCACGCGCCCGCCCGCCCCUACCCGUGCCCCGACUGCCCCAAGUCCUUCUGCUACCCUUCCAAGCUGGCGGCCCACCGCCAUACGCACCAUGCCACCGACGCCCGCCCCUAUCCUUGCCCGCACUGCCCCAAGGCUUUUUCAUUCCCCUCCAAACUGGCCGCCCAUCGCCUAUGUCACGACCCCCCGACGACGCCGGGCAGCCAGGGCACCGCCCGGCAUCGCUGCUCCAGCUGCGGCCAGGCGUUUGGCCAGAGACGCCUCCUACUCCUUCACCAACGCAGCCACCACCAGGCCGAGAGCCCGGGGGAGCGGGAGUGAACCCUCCCCUUGGCUCACUGGCUCCCUAUGCUGCCAG